AUGGCGCCUCUUAAAAUUAUUUCACUCGCCGCUGCCUCGGCCCUCCUGAUGGCCCACGCAACCCAAGGAGAUACAGAUCAUGAUGCAGGCACAGAUGGGCAACAAUCAUCAACAUACACAGUAAAUCUUGACGAUGCCAGUGUGUGCCUUGCCGAUAUCAACGGUGCUCGAGAAGCCGCUGGACUAGCACACUUUUUGGAGAACAACAAAGGCGCAGAAGCGUGGCCUACCACUGGCGCUAACGCAGAAAGAGGCGGACAAGGAGCUAAGCCAUGGGAUCCUGUUUGCGAAGCUCUUUUAAAAAAAGACGAAGAAAUCACAAUGCCGCAAGACUCCGAAGAAAGUGACUUUCCAAGCGGUACAUACGCCUUCAUGGCCUUGGAUACAGCAGAGGCGGACUGCGCUGCCGCAGUGAGCCACUGGAAGGACGCCGCCAGCAACUUCACCUCCAUUCCUCCACCGAAGACUGGAGAAGAGGAACUCUACAAGAAACAGCAUAACGUUUCUUUUAUUGCUAUGUACAACCCUUCGGAUAAAGCGACUGCUGACUGCCGAAUAGUCACCUGCACUCAAACGGUAGCUCCUGUUGUAUUCAGCUCACGGAGCGAUACGGGGGAAAAGAAAGGCUAUGCUCUACUGUGCAUGACCACACCUGAUGCACUUGAAGGCGAGGAAGCUCCCUUCACCGAAGAGCAGUGGAACAAGAUCAAGGCAUCCCUCACAGGUUCUGCCUCUGCCGUUGCCCCGAGUCUGCUUGCCGUCGCCAUUGCGGCCCUUGGAUUGGUUACCCUUUAA